AUGUGUGUAUUCUCUUACAGCAUUGGCGAGCUCCGCUGGGCAGGAGAUACGGAUAGCAAUGUCAAAACUAUCCAUGCGGGCGGCACGAGCGUUUCUCCGAUGAGAGAUUACACCAAUUCAAAUCCAAUGAAUGUUUUCAAGGCCAAGAGUGGGCAAAUCUUCCCUAAAGCUUUCAUAUCUCCAGACUCUGAAGAUACGCCACGAUCUCUCUUUCGACCUAGUAUGGAGGAAGAGCCCAAAUUGCUUCCAUCUGAAUGGACAUCAUCCUCUCUAAACAAGUUCCUGGUUUGCACAGACGGUGCCUGCCUGAGGAACGGCGCUCACGACGCGAACGCGGGUUGUGCAUUUGUUUUUGCGCGUCCCUCAAAAUGGCCUUAUUUCAAUGUUGUGCGAUUCCUGCUUGAGGAUAGGGAUUUGAAUAACCAGAUGCACCGACGCACAAGCAAUCGGGCCGAGCUUCGGGCUGCUAUUCACGCAUGUCAGGUUCCAGAAUGGACCAGAGAAGGAUUUGACACCAUGGUAAUUGCAACCGACUCUGAGUAUGUUGUCAAGGGUGCUACGGAGUGGAUUCAUGACUGGAUCAAAAACGGCUGGUGGAGAUCACCAGGAAAUCCUGUUGAGGAUCGGGAUCUGUGGGAGUGGCUACUUCGAGAGAUGGAUCGAUUGGCAAAAAUGGGCAUAAGUGUCGAGUAUUGGCAUAUCUCGCGAAAAUUGAAUGAAAUUGCGGAUAGACACGCCAAGAUUGCUGCGAGGAAAAGACUGUGA